GGUGCACGAGGUCAGUCCCGCGAUAACCUCAGGGCUGGAGGCAGAUUCCAAGGUAAGGAACGGUUUGGGGCAGUGUCGUUCCCGGAGGUCGGCGGCCGUUACCUGCUCACCAGCUACGCGGCGCGUCAGGUCUGCGGAGACGCGAGCUCCGGGCGCCUGCGGGGACGGUGAGGCCCUGCUGAGGACUCCGGACACUGCCCAUCUGUAAGAUAAGAGCCUGGAAAGGGGACUCUAUUGGCUACUGGAAAUUGCAGAAUAAUGGCUCAGGUGACAUUUAGUGAUGUGGCUAUAGACUUCUCUCAUGAAGAGUGGGCAUGGCUAGAUUCUGCUCAGAGGGACUUAUACAAGGAUGUGAUGGUCCAGAAUUAUGAGAACCUGGUCUCUGUAGGUCUUUCCGUAACUAAGCCAUAUGUGAUCAUGUUAUUGGAGGAUGGAAAAGAGCCCUGGAUGGUGGAGAAAAAACUCUCAAAAGUUUACCCAUUUCCUUUAUUGCACUCUGUUCCUACUUCUGUGAACUUUCUAUUCUCUGCUCUAUUUGAGCAUUGUUCAGAAGUCACUGAAAUAUUUGAGUUGUCAGAGCUGUGUGUUUUCUGGGGGCUUCAUUUCUUAUCCAUUUCUCCUAAUUCCACUGUAGAAGUUUUUUUCAAGAAGUGGAAAAAAAAAAAAAAAAGCAGUGCUUUGCUUUCUUGAUAUAUU